AUGCAGGCACCCUCAGAGCACCCAUGUGUCUCUAUCGUGGAGCCUGGGCCUCCCUCUGUUGCUGCAGCAGAGGCAGCUGCACUACCUUCAGAAGUGGCGACUACGACAAGAACACGAGCGACCCAUGCCGAGCCAACUACCGAUACACCGUCCGCGGCUCCUGCUGAACGGCAGCUAGAGCCUAAUGUUUCAGAGCCAUCAACUUCGAAGAAAGUUGUUUCUACUCCCCCAUCUUCGCGGAUGAAGGAUGACUGCAGCAGCAGCAGCAGCACCACCAACACCAGUGGCAGCAAUUUCGGCAGCAGCAGCGAAAACGGCAGCAGCGCAGGAGUAUCCUCGACCCCUUCAGGAGCUGCCAACUCUCGCGAAAACGAGCAGCCUGAAGGCUGUUAUGGCAUCCCGAAGGGUGAUGAAUCUAUGCAGGCCCUUAGGAGGCACGUUGAGCUGCUUAUCGACCGAGAGAUCAAUUCGAAGGCUCGCACCCGGCUUGAGACAUGCCUCGAUGCGCUAGAGCCAGAGCGGCUGGAUCCUCAGCUGCUCAGAGUCAUUUGUGCAAAGGGGCUGCCAGAGGGGUGCCCGGCCUUGCGCUCAGUUUAUUGGCGCAUCCUGCUGCACUGUCUCCCCCUGGAAGCGUCAAAGUGGCAGGAACACCGUCGCACGCUUCGAGAAGCAUACGAAUCGUACAAGGCUGAAUUCAUCCGUGAACCCGAGGCAGUGCGCCGCUUGCGACGCAUGCAGCAAGAGCAGCAGGAGAAGAACCGGCAGAAGCCUCAGGAGGGCUUUACGGAGGAGCUCAGCUCCGGUAGCUCCCCGGACGGAGGCGCUAGUGGAUGCGGCAAAGAUUCCUCAAUUGGCUCUACUGCGGCUUCCGAUGGCGUCAAGACAGCUCAAAAGGCGUCGCAGUCAGGGGAUCAGCGCAGUAACCGAUCGCAGUCCGCUUCCUCCAUAGCAGUCGCGGCAGUUAGCGAUCACCCUCUAUGUCGGAGCGCAACAAGCGAGUGGCGGGGGUACUGGGUGGACGCUGAGGUUUUCGACCAGAUAAAUAAGGAUGUGUUUAGGACCCGUCCAGAGCUGUGCUUCUUUGCCAUGAACCCUCAGCAAACAGUCAUGCGGCAGCAGCAGCUGCAUUUGUAUCCCCCGCCUCCGACUCGCCUGGCGCAACCCCAGCAUCAGCAGCAGUCCGACGAGGUUCCUCUUCUCGUGAACUACUACGACUUGCUGCAGCAGCAACGGCAGUCCCAGCAGAAGAAGUCUGCCUCCACCUUGACUGUGUCUAUUGGCCGGCUUUCCAGUGAGGAUGCAUGCAGCAAGGGCGACGUCGAAGCCUUCAAGAACGCAAGUGCGAUAGCCAGCAGCAGUGCCUCUGGAUCCGGAAGAUCCUUCUCAGCCUCAGCAGCGGCGGGCUUUGGCCAGCAGCAGGCGCAAGCCUUCGACUUCAGCAGUGGCAGCCUAGAGGACGGCGAGCAGUGGGGAAAGUUUUCCGCCUCAGUCGGAGUGCCUUUCCCUUACUGGAUCAACGAGGCGCAGCAAAGCAGCGGAGCCUCAAGUCACAGCAAGCAGGCUCCAGACGCAGCCGAUGCCCUCGAAGCUUCUGCGGCAGCCGCACAAGCCGCUCGCCAGCUCAAGCGGCAGUUGACUUCCGCGAAGCGAUCAGCAGACGCCAAACCCUCUCACAGUUCCCCAACGAACGUGCGCUCGUCCCCUCACGAUUCGUUGGAAUCAGACUCUGUGUUUUCCGCGGGCACCAUCGCCUCCUGCGCGCCUCUACCAUCGCCCUCUCGCGCACGUACUGCGCAGGGUUCCCUGGGGGAGGGUACUCUCGGGGAGAAACUUGCUCCAAAGCAGCCGGUAGAAGCGACAGCGGAGGUAGCUGGCACUGCAGUCUUGGCGCAGCAACAGUCGAGCGGAGAGGGAGCCCUCACCUCUUCGUCUCCUCGCGUCGCUGAGGAUACGCCUGUGAGGGACGUGUCUGCGCACUCCAAGGGGGAAGAGGGGCAAACUGAGAAUCCUGUGUCGACAGAAGGAAAGCAAGACGCGCUGCAGCCGUGGCGUGCGCCAGCUGGAGUGCAGGACGUCUGCAACAUGAUAAACCCCCGGCGGCAUUACGAUGUGCUGUCUCGCCUCCUGUUCAUUUACGCCAAGGUUAACCCUGGCCUGUGCUACGUACAAGGCAUGAACGAGAUCCUCGCACCAAUAUACUAUACCCUCAUGACGGACCCGACAUACACGGACUACGAACAGGCAAGAGAGCUUCCAAAACAGCCUUUUGGCUGGCCGCUGUAG